CGGCGGGCGAGCGGCCCUGAGCGACCCGCGAGCGGGGACGGGCCGUGCCGAGCGGCUCCUCCGCCCGCACCCCGCCCGCCGCACGGCAUUGAGAGGAUUGCAGUGGCAUUCUAAGGUCAUUUAAAACCAUGACAAGCUCAGUCGGACAGAAGAAAGUCUCCUCCAGACAAAGGAAGUGUGGCUUCUGUCGCUCGAAUAAAGAUAACGAAUGUGGGCAGUUGCUGAUGUCGGAGAACCAGAAGGUGGCGGCACAUCACAAGUGUAUGCUGUUCUCGUCCGCACUGGUUUCUUCACACACUGAUAAUGAGAGUCUUGGUGGAUUCUCUAUUGAAGACAUUCAGAAAGAAAUAAAGAGAGGCACAAAACUGAUGUGCUCUUUGUGCCACUGUCCUGGAGCGACCAUUGGCUGUGAUGUGAAAACAUGUCACAAGACAUAUCACUACUACUGUGCUUUGCAUGAUAAAGCUCAGAUAAGAGAGAAACCCUCACAAGGCAUUUACAUGAUUUUAUGUCGAAAACACAAGAAAACUACGCAUAACUCUGAAGCAGAUUUAGAAGAAAAUAUCAAUGAACACGAAUUGGAGCCUUCACCUCCCAAAGGAAAAAGGAGGGGUCGUAAGGGAAAGCCAAGAAAAACAAAUUUAAAAGGGCAAUCAGAAGACACUAGAUCUACGUCCUCACAUGGCACAGAUGAAAUAGAAAGCAGUUCCUAUAGAGACAGGUCUCCCCACAGAAGCAGCCCCAGUGAUACAAAACCUAAAUGUGGAUUCUGUCAUGCAGGUGAAGAAGAAAAUGAAGCUAGAGGAAAGCUUCAUAUAUUUAAUGCCAAAAAGGCUGCAGCACACUAUAAGUGCAUGUUGUUUUCCUCUGGCACUGUCCAGCUAACAACAACUUCAAGGGCAGAAUUUGGUGAUUUUGAUAUCAAAACUGUACUUCAAGAAAUCAAGAGAGGAAAAAGAAUGAAAUGCACACUCUGCAGCCAGCCUGGUGCUACUAUUGGGUGUGAAAUCAAGGCCUGCAUAAAAACAUACCAUUACCACUGUGGAGUAGAAGACAAAGCUAAAUACAUUGAGAACAUGUCACGAGGAAUUUAUAAACUCUAUUGUAAAAACCAUAGUGGAAACGAUGAAAGAGAUGAAGAGGAUGAAGAAAGAGAAAGCAAAAGCCGUGGCAAAUCAGGCACUGACCACAAUGACAUUCCUCAGCAGCAGCUCAAUGGAAACUAGGUUCAAGGGACAGAGUUAUAGAACUGGGAAUGGCUAAGACAUCAUAACUACUAAUUCUUUUAAAUUGUUUUCUAAAAAUCAGAAAAGGGUUAGUAACUUUUUACUACCCAACUCUGUUAGAAAUUUCAUUGAACUGCCUGAAACGUUCAUGUGUGUGAGCCUUCAGUAAGUGGCAGAGUUUUACAUGUCAAUAUUAUGUAGUUUGUAGUCUGCAGUGUCUGGAAAAAAAUGAAACACUAUAUAAAUGAUAUGUAAUAUGUACAGUGUCAAAAGUUAAGGCAGACAUUGAAAUGAAGUAAGAUCUAUAUUUCUGGACUGAAUAAAAACUUUAAGAUUUGGAAUGUGUAAGUUGUUUAGUGGAUUCACACAACGAGGGAAGGUCUUAGCUAGUUUAAUUAACACCAUGAACAAGUCCUUGAUGGCAACGAGCUGGUACUUUGUGAAUUUUGCAUUUUCUUCCUGCACGAGUUCCGGAGCCGUUGAUGGCAGCGCUGGUCUGGCUCGGGCAGCAGCAGUAGGAGAGGACUCUGUGUACACCAAGCACGCUUGAACAUUUCAGGUUGUUCCUGUUGUGAUUGCUCAUUCCGCCCGGCAUUGUUUGCGGGAGAUUUACUUGAGCAGCUGUUGGUUCUGAGCUGUGAGCUUUAGAACUCAUGCCAAAGGGCUGUAGUUCAUUCUUUCCCCAAAAACCCACCUCUUUCUGUGUCCUGAUUUACAAAGAACACUUCACCAAGUGUGAUUAAAACCCUGAUAUACAAAUGUUUGGACUUUGCAGCCCAAUCUCUUUUACUUCAGAGAGUUACAACUCUUCACUCACUAUGGAAUUUAGCCACCAUAUCUGACGUCCAUACCUCAGGUGUUCUCUGUUGUGUGGAACACUUCAUGUUUUGUCAAGAAUGUGCAUAAAGGUCCCAUAUUCUGUAAGAAGAGUGAGGAAGCAAACUUUUUUGCUAGAUUGAUAUUUAUUUUUUAAUCAUAUGACCACUAUAUGGGAAAGUUCACGUAUCAUCCUUAUUGUUUUAGUGAUUUUUUUUUUUCCUUUCUCUGUCAACAAUCACAUCAUGGAAUUCUACUUGCUAGAAUUUGAUGUUCCUUGAGGGAACGCUCAGAUCUAGGCUAUACCAAACCUAAAGAACAGUCCUCUGACUGCUUUCAAAACACCUUGUCAUUUCUAAUGGCUACUGGCUUCUUCAAUUGGUCUGUUAAAGCACAUCCUCAGACUUACUUAAAUAAAACCAAAAAGCUGAACCUAGUCCACAUGUUUGUCUGUUGCUACCACAUCACCUUAUUGUUUGUUUAGGGUUUUGACUUGUUUCACUCUGAACUCCCAACAAAACUUCUGGAUUUGAAGGAAGGAAACAAGCAAAAGACACUGAUUUGACUAUAAACUGCUACAGUUCUUCUGUGAUUGGUAUUGCAAAAAUGGUUCAUAUGUAACAUGAGUUUCUGUAGCAUUUUUUACUUGUAUUUUUAAAAGAUUUAACGUGUGUCAUUUGUCUUCUUAUGCAUUCCCUUAAUGUCUUGAGGGACUCAAUUACUGUAUAUUGGAGUUUCUAACAUUUUACCUGUUAGAAUUCAAUCAAUUCUGUUUGCUUUCCUGGAGAAUAAUCCCGUUUGGAAAGAAAUAUUGCUGUGUACAGAAAAUAUUCAGUUACUGCUCUAAACAUGAUGCCAUUGCUCAUUUUUAUUUUGUAUUUGUAACUUUCAAAAUUAAAAGCGUGACUUGAAUUGCAA